GCAAGGAAUUCGUGCUGCAACGGUACCCAGAGCCUGUCCCUCCGCAGUAAGUGACGACGUCUUCCUGUCACACAUGGUGUUGUUGACUGUAAUAUGGCUCACAAGGCGCCAAGCAGGAUCAUUUGUCGAAAGAUCUAGGAAGUGCGAGGUUCUCAUUAUCUCAUGCUUGGAUCGUCCACACAUAAUUGAUAUUGAUAUGCCCCUGCAAUUGACCUAUUGUGCGGGAAGACUCUACAUUCAGCUUCUUAGAAGCACUUUCUAUGAUCCGUAUAGCCCUCCUCCAAUUUGAUGCCGUUUAGAUCCGGACAAAUAUUUCCCCUCUCCGAGCAGUAUGGAAGUUAUGAUACGCUACGGAAGCCCGGCGUCCCAUUGUUGGCGCCAUAGUGAUGACACAGGCUCUAAGCAUUGAGCGCAGCAGCGGUCGGAAUGCAUCCAGGCGAAGGUGUGUCUGUCAGAUGUCAGCAUAUAUGGAUCCGAUUUAUGAUUUAUGUAGUGUCUCAGCAGUGUCGCAGCGAACUCGGGAGGAC